UUCACAUUUGCUGGUCAGUUGGUGCAAUUUAAUUAUUCGGAAAAGUAAUCGUUUUAAAACAUUUCAAAAUGGGCAAGAAAAAGGGAGGAAACAAGAACAAACUGGCCAAGAUGUCCGAGGAGGAACGGGCCAGGUACCUCCAGCAUCGGGCAGACAUGGAAGAGGAAGCUAGACGCCGGAAGCAGCAACUGAUUGCCACUUUUAUGAAGAACAAACUGAAGCGCGAGGAUGCCUUUUCGAGGCUCAACCUGGCCAAAAUCAACCAGGAGUGGCGAUCGAUUUUGCGCAACAUAAAGUGCAAGGAAAUGCGCAACGAGAUCGAACAGGUGGAAAAGAUGUGCACCGAGUGCAUCGAAAACAAGAACGGCAUCAUUCGCCGGCUCCUCUGCGAUCUGGACGAAUCAGAGGAGAUUUACUCGACCAUGCUGCACGCCCACAUGGAGAAGAUCGAAAAGAUCAUGAGCGUCCACGCGGAUCGGUUGCGCUUUCUCACGAAGCUGUACGAGGUCGAGAAGCGGGAGAUCAUCGAGAACUACGACUUGGAGAUCGCGAACUAUAAGGCGAAGAAGUUUGGGCUGCAAAAAGAGCUGGAGUGCGUGUUUUACGGAUUGGCGGAAAAGUCGAGGAUCGAUCGGCGGCAGGCCGAGGAGGAGCACAUGGCCAAGAAGGAUGAGCUGAAGAACUCGAUGAUCUUGAAGCUGGAAAUGAUCACAAAGGAGCGCGAACGUCACAUGGAAAAGCUGUGGAAGGAGUUUCAGAAGGUGCUCAACACGUAUCUACGCAACACGGAAGAGUAUCGCAACGAGUACAGCAAACUGCGUGAUCAGGACUCGAAUGACACGCGCCACAUCCAGAACCACUACGUGGAGGUCGCACGGCUGAGCGAUUUGAUAGCGAACCUCCGACUGAAGCUGACGACAAUCCGAGAUGAGCACGAGUUCAACGUGAAGCAGCUGCAAAAGUCCAAGAUGGAACUGCAGGAACGCGUUCGGAACGUCAAGCAGGAAAUGGAAAUCGGACUCAAGAUGGACGAGGAGAAGCUGAAACAGCUGGCCGUGUGUAGUAACGGAGCGCUCAAGUAUUUGCAAAAUUUGCUCAAGCGAGGCAACGCCAUCCUCCAGAUUGCGACGUUCUGCAAGAAGUUUGAGACGGAAAACGAAAGUCUGCUUCCGUUUGUUCACAGUGCAGUGAAGAGGCAGAUGUUUGAAGUGGACGAGGAUGAGCUAAAGGAACCGUCGACGGAGUUUGACGUGUUCAAGAAGGAGACGUUCGGUAUAGCGAAAAAGUUUGAAAACUUCUGGAUGAGAUUCAACAAGGCGCGUAUCGAUUGCGCAUGUCUUCAGGAGGAGAAGCAGCAACUGCUGGAGGAGAACGAACGGCUUAAGAGUCAGCUGAAGGAAUACCUCAUCACGGUCAACAUAAGCAACGGGGGAUCGCUGGAGUCAAACGAAACGCUGCUGGCUCAGCGGCCAAGUUCCAUGAAGGUCGAGAAGGUGAUGCAUAUAGAUUUGAAGCUAAAGGCCGUUAGAUUCAGCAAAAAUGGGCAACGCAGACCUGUUACGUGCAUUGAGGGUAAUUUGAGCAAUGCGAUUAGAAACGAUAAGUUGCUUGAGAUUAAGAAUAAACCAACUGAGCUGUAUUCAGUUGUUCAGCAGUCCUAAAACGGUUUUGAAAAAAACCUCUGAAUUGAAGAAAAUUAAUUCUAGAACUUCAAUUGAUUAACAAUAUGUCAAAAGAAGAAAACCUAAAAAAAU